GGUCUCUCUCUAAACCUCAAAACGGUUCCAUGUAAAGGCCUCUGUCCGCUUGCGUGUUUUUGACACGCUCUCAAGUCCACAGUGACUGUGGCUCCAUAGGCUCUGUCAGCUUGCCUUGGACCCUGGCUGAAGUCCAGCACUUCUGCCUUGCCUGGGCCGCCUGGCCUGGCUCCCCUGGGGAAGGACACUAUUUUGGGAUACUUCUUUGAUGUUGAAUCAGCAGCAGACUCCCAAAAGCCCUGCGCUGAGAUUUUCUAAGCACAGGCAUGAAGCUGGAAAGUGUGUUUAGCAAGGAUUGCCAAGAAGGAAUAUGGCGACAGGACCGUGUGACGUACUGGAAAGAAAGGACGAACGCCCAGAUCCCAUAAAAGAGCUUCCAACCCAAAAGGAGGAUAUUCAGAGACAAUUGAAAGAGGAGAGCAAAGAAGAUGCCAAGAAACCUCCAAGUAAAGAAGAGGUGAUCAGCACCCCAAAUGGGAUAGAGAAAGGAGACACAGACAAGCUCCACGUGGUUGACCAGGACCUCGACGAAUUUGUGGACAGCAUGACGGAGGCUGUGGCCCUGGAGAAGCCUCCAGAGGAGGAGAAGGCAACCGUUCCUGAGAAGGCCCCUGCCAAAUCGCCCCGAGCGGAGCAAGUGGCCGAAAAGGUGCUGAGGGCUGAAAGAGUGGCCGAGAGACCACCGCCACGGGUGGAGAAACCAGUGGCAGCGGCAACAGAGAAAGCGCCAGAGCCCAAAGGGACACGCGUGGAGAAAGCACCGCGGGUAGAGAAGCCAGGGCGGACAGAGAAGCCGGUGGAGAAACCACGGCCGGUGGCACCAGCCCCCAAGACCGUCCCCGUUAAGAGGAAAGCAGAAGCCCGUGGGGCUGCAAAGGACACACUUCCCUGGGAGGGCCUGACCCUGAACAAAUGCCUCCUCCUGGCCUCCUUUGUCGCUCUCCUCAGCGUGAGCUGCCAAGUGGUUCAAGAUAUAAUAGACUAUGGCGAGAAUGUCCUCAUGGCAGAGUGGAGCGCCUGGACCCUGGAAGACGGCAGUCCUCAAGACGGCAGCAUUGGGGAACUGGAUGAGCGGUGGUUUUAUGAGAGGUGGCUGGACUGGUCGGACACGGACGAACCGCUUGAGGUGGAGGAAGAGGAAGAGCUCAUCGAAAUCGAGGAGGGAGAGGAGGAACCAGCAGGAGAAGAGGAAGAAACUAAAUUGAUAGAAGAAGAAGAGGAGCAGGAGGAAGAGGAGGAAGAGCUAGCAGAGAAAGAGGAGGAGGAACCAGCGGCCAAGGUAGGACCCAAGAAGAGCUGGGAAAAAGUGAGCAGGAGAGAAAAGGCACCCAAACACAAGAGGGUCAAAGAUCACAAGGCCUCUAAGGAGGAGGAGAAUGAGGAAGAGGAGGAAGAAGAGGAGGAAGAAGAGGAGGAAAAACAUCCACCUAGCAGACGACUUCGCCGGGAGAGGAAGGGUAAAGAGGAAUGGCCACGUCGGGAAGAGAGCAAGGGCCACCCCAGCAAGGAGCCCAAGAGAGAACGGCGCCCCAAGGAAGAGCCCGAAAGCAAGAAGGGCCGCUCCAAGCACGAGAAGGACUCUAAGACCCAUUCCCAAGAGCAAAAGGAGAGGAGGCCCUGGCAGGCAGAGCGCUCUUUCUUCCCCUCCCACAAGUUUGGGAAGCACAGAGCUCAGGAGGGCAAAAGGCACGACUAAGACUUUCCUUGCACCCUCCAUCUUGUGGAAAGCAGGGCUCUGAGAUACCUCCUACUUCGACCUCCCAACACUCAAAAGAGGGCAGCUGCCUGCCACAACAACAGACACACCGAUACCCUCCAACUUGGCAGGAGCAGUCCUGGUUAAUCCUCUGCCAUCCCACUUUUCCAGCGGCUUUUAAAAUGUCCGAGUUUCUCUCUCCUCCUCCUCCCACUUUCUCCCUUGGUCCUUGGCAGACUUCAGGUGCUGCAAAUAGAGUCCAAAGUGCAAAAGUAAUUUGCACUCCCUUAAUUCAGAAGUGAGGAGGGAUAGGGAAGAAUUUCUCCCUUCCAGUCAGCUCAGGCAAAAACAAACUGCUGCAGCCUCUCCUAGCUUGUCUGUUCUUGCUCAUCCAUAACUUUUGCCCUCUUGACCACACUCUGAUGUUGCUUGGCCACACAUGUCCCUGUGUUUAAUUGUGAAACAUUGGAGGAUACACACACUCCCUGCCUGUCUAUAGAGGAUGCUUCCAGACAGAAUCUUUCUGGACAUGUUUUGUCCACAUAGAACAGGGACUGAGCUGGACAAGAUCAGUCUCACUCCUGACCUCUGACUCUCUGUAACCUCAAGAAAGACCUCUCUACCAUUCUUUUUUGUCUCCUCUCCUGUGCCUUCAUUCCCUCAGCUCCAAAAAUGAAGGAUCCUUGCUUCCCCAUGGCCAUAAUUUUCCCUGUAUAAAUAAUUUUAUGAUACCAACAAAGGCAUAGAUGCAGCUGUUCUGCUAAAUGUGGCCACUCCAGGAACGAAUCUGAUUUUCUCUCUAAGUCUAUCCCUGUUUCUAUACCAUUGUUCUCCCAAAGCUGAGAAUCAAUAUGACUUACAAGGUUUUGGAAGCCAAAAGGCGAUUUUCUUGUGAGCUCAAUCUUGUGCUUUGGCCACUAGGACUUGCCACACAGCUUCUGAAAGACUUGCAGCGGAAAUCGUUCCAAAAUGAACACUGUCUUUGGAUGGGACCCACAAGGGUCAUGUAGUCCAACCUCCUCCCAGUGCAGGUGCCUGGAGCAAAAAGUGACAUAAAAGCUCCAGUAACAUUGCUUAAUCUGCAACGGUUCAGUCACACUCACACACAUAUGCAUGCUGUUAAGAUAUUUGAAGCAACGGGAGUAGUUGGAUUCUGCUAACCCCGCUCCUGUAUACACUUUCUAAAACUUUUCUGGGUUUCCUGCAGUCCAUUUCUCCCCGUGUUUUAUUUUUUAGCAUGGCCAUUUGAUCUUUUCUGGGUUUUUCCCUUAGAUUGGAAGGAUUUUGGGAUUUCCAAUCCUCUUGCACAAAAUAAAGCAAGUCUCUCUUCCA